CUAUAGUAGGUUUGUUAAAUCUUUCAGUAGCUGUUACGAGACCGCCGCUUGUGUAAUUUCUGCGCGAGAACAGAAACGUUUUCAGUCAAGAAGCUCCUCGAAGGACCCGAGAGGUGGUUAAAAUGCUCUCCUCUGCUAUUGCGAAAAGGCUGCUAACAGGGGUAUGCCAGGCAUCUUGGAGACCAGCCGUCACGGGGCUGGUAUCUACCCGUGCUUACCGCGGAGAUACCCCUGAUGACACCAGAGGGGAUCUCAUUGAGAUUCCUUUGCCCCCCUGGGAGGAGAAGUUGGACGAGCCCACUGACAUCAAAAGACGCAGACUGCUGUACGAGAGCCGCAAGAGGGGCAUGUUGGAGAACUGCAUACUGCUCAGCCUUUUUGCAAAGCGAUACCUCAACACAAUGAGUGAUAAUCAGCUGCAGCAAUAUGACAGACUUAUUAAUGAACCGAGCAAUGACUGGGACAUCUACUACUGGGCAACAGAAGCCCAGCCCACUCCUGACGUCUACCAGGGGGAGGUCAUGGACUUGCUGAAGGAGUUCACAAAGAACCGCAACCACGAACAAAGGCUGGACGCGCCCAGCUUGGAGUACCUGGAGAGAGACAGCCAUUAAGGCUCUCUGGACCUUUUCAGAGACACUAAUGGAGGGCACUGAGUGAUUAUGAGUGCGAUAAGCCUCCAGAAAAGUCAUCCGGAAGUCAGAGAAAUCGCUCAAGUUACACAUGGGGAAAAUGUAUAAAAUAUUAUGAGGCGCAGAGUGUGUGGAGCAGCGCCUUCUCGUACCAGUGUCAAAGAUAUGAUGUGGCUACAUAAAGCACUUUUCACUAUUCCAUCUGUACAUUAUUAAUCUGUAUAAAGACAGGAUAAGGAAAGGUUUUGUCGAUCCGACAAAGGCUGAUGCUGAGGAAUUUGUUCUGAAUAAUUUGUGUCCAUUGUAUGAUACCGUUUCUGAUCCAAUUAUGUAAAUGAAAUUUGCUCAGUGUGUGUGUAUCUGAAGCUUACAGAUCUAGCCGGCUUUGAUAAAUAGAUUAAAGUUGAUAUGCUUUGCUGUG